GCCGCCGCGGUUCCAAAAGCAAGCUUGACGCCCGUGGGCGCCGCCAUCUUGCUUCAGCGGAGCCUGAAGAGGCGGGUAGAGAGGACGCCCGGGCUCUUGGGGUGGGGGAGAACUUGCGGCGGGGAGGAAGGUGCGGCUUGUGGGUUGGAACCGGAGCCUUGGCUGCCGCUUCUCCCCUUUCGCUUCGCUGGGUCGCUUCCACGGAGGUCGGUCCGACCAGACAGCAAGAUGGCGGUGGAGUCUCGCGUUACCCAGGAGGAGAUUAAGAAGGAGCCCGAGAAGCCUAUCGAUCGUGAGAAGACCUGCCCCCUCCUUCUGAGGGUCUUCACCACCAAUAAUGGGCGCCAUCACCGAAUGGAUGAGUUUGCCCGUGGAAACGUACCUUCCAGUGAACUGCAGAUCUAUACCUGGAUGGAUGCAACUCUAAAAGAACUGACAAGUUUAGUGAAAGAAGUCUACCCGGAAGCAAGGAAAAAGGGCACACAUUUUAACUUUGCAAUAGUCUUCACAGAUCUUAAAAGGCCUGGUUACAGGGUGAAAGAGAUUGGCAGUACAAUGUCAGGCAGAAAGGGCACAGAUGAUUCCAUGACUCUGCAGUCUCAGAAGUUCCAGAUAGGGGAUUACCUGGACAUAGCAAUUACUCCCCCAAAUCGAGCACCACCUCAAUCAGGUCGCAUGAGACCUUAUUAAUAUUUUGCUCUCUUCUAAUGACCACACUACAUGGUCAUACAGAUUACAAACGGCUUGUUUUUUUUAAUGCAAAGUGAAAAUACUAGAAAACCUGUUAAGCUGUAGAAAUACUGAAAUUAUGUUACUGUAUAUUUUUAGAAGGGUUU